CAUCAUCGUCACCUUGUACUUGCUCAUAAUUCUUAUGGUGACGAAUGAAAUCGAAAUCGGGCAGUUUGACCUAUCAUCUGUCACGUCCAAGUUCAAGUACAGUCUAAUUGUUAUUUUGCCAUUGCCGCUAGAAAGAAAAUUGUCUCAAAAACAGCGUCUUGUGGUUCUGACUCUGCAAGAAGAUCCUCAAUAGACAACGCGCUCCUGCCGAUGUGCCUUGUGUCCAUUCUUGCUUAUUCACAAUUAGAAGUAAUAUAUGCAGGAAAGUCCUCCUCGGUUGUUAGAUCCGAGUUAAGUAACUGACAUCGCAAGUCAGAAAAGUAGUACAAUAUCAAUACAUUGCACUUAGCUGUUGACUUCUUGUUUCUCUUUUCUUGCUUCGGUUUACUCACAAUUAAGCGACAAGAACAAAUUUGAUUUUAAGUAUCCUUGUCCUAUUGCUUUUUUGAAGAUUUCCGGAACACGAACGUCUAAGAUGAUCUCUAGCAUCAUUAUGUUGAAUAGAACUAGAGCAGAAAUUAUGGUCGUCCUUACGUAGGAUGUCGCUGCCGAACAUGAGGAUGAGAAUUGCCGCAAGACGAUGCUAGCUGUGAGCGUUACUUAGGGAAGAGGGAAGAUUUCAAAGCGUGUCCGGUAGAAAAAUAAGAUGCAAGCCUUCAUUUGUGCGCUGGGCGGAUGGGCGGUAGCGUUGUGGCUUCUCGUUUUCCCGGUGGUACGAGGGCUGACGAUUUACAAGUUCCCGCAGCUCAGUGCUGGACGAACUAAAGCGUACUCGAACCUUGCAGUGGCCUUUCUAUUUCUGAUCGCGACGCAAUGGCUGGCGCAGCCAAUUCGCUCCUCUGCUUUCCAGAGGCACGUUUCGCCUUCCGAGGAAAGCCACGCGAAGGAGUUGAGCACGCUCUUCAUGGUUCCCGUGGUACUGUUGUACAGUAUCGUGGCCUCGGUUAUCAACGAUCAAGCGAGUCUCAUCAACUACGUGAGCAUUUUUUACGGCCUCGCCUUCCUUUUUUUCGCCCUUUACCUUGCUUAUCUCGAUGUGCAUGAUGAAAGCAACGCUAUGUCAGUCGGGGAUCGAACGACCACUAGAAGAACUGCAUUGAGAGGAGCGCGCGGCAGCUCCUUCGCAUCGCGGGCCUCGUCCUCCUCCUCCCAUUCAACAAUAUCUGAAGAUGUACCUCGCGAGCACCCCGAUAAGAACAGCCAAGAAAUAUGGAUGCUUUCGCCUUUUCUAUCCACCGCGCUUCAAUUGAGCUACGCAGAUGCGCAUGAGUGGAUCGUUUUCGGAGGCCUCAGGCGCUUCCUCAUGUACGCUUUGUACAUCCUAAUCGACACAAAAGCUGGAAUUUGCCUUAGCAUGGUUUGGAGUUGCGUCCACCUCCUCUUCAAGGGAAGCGCCUCCUCGUCGUCCGGCACGAGAAAUACUGGAACACCACAAGGCCCGAGUAACUCGACGGUUUCUAGAAGUCGUGGAGAAAAUCAUGGCGCAAUUACUCCUGCCGCUACGUCUCCAUCAAUAGGCGCCACAAAUGCAGGCUUUCCUGCUACUGCUGGAGGCACUACAACAACCAGCUCAACCUCUGGUGCGGAGUUUGUCUAUCCCUAUCUGAACUUUUGGUGCCAAAUUGGAGGUUGCUUGGGUGCAGUGGGUGGUGUACUGACGAAGACAUUGCAGGUGCCAAUAGGGGGUGCUUCAGCUUCCACGCACAUCAUCACUGGCAGCACCGUCCUCUACUUUUUCAUCGCGAUUGGUACCCUUGCGGUGCCUCGUUUCGCUUUGCCUGCCUUUCGUCUGUUAGAGGAGGAAAACGAGACGGAUCAACUCAUUGUUGCCAGAUCCGACGCAGGGCCAGAGACCACUUCAGCGCCUCAUCGAGAACGUGGAGAGUUGAAACCGCAGUCGGGAUUUUCGUCAACCACCUCGGAAGGCGAUGACUUUAUUCGGAGAAGUCGCGCGGACGAGUUCGAGUAUGAUCAAGACGAUCGGGAAUUGCAUCACAUGACAGCAGCUGGGUCAGGUUUUCGUGAUCGCGCACGCAUGUUUCCGUCUACAGUCACCAAAGGUGCAGACCCCUACAUGGAGGACGAUCGAGAGGCGCUAAUCAGUGCCCAAGAGCGUAUGGAACGAGGCCAACUCUAUAAAACUAGCAGCAACAUCAAAUUCGAUGGAGAGACGAGCAGAAGAGGUGGCGCAGCGCCCCAAUUGCGGAGACGCGGGUCGUCACUUCUAGUGGGAGAAACAAAAAAGACGAUGCGGCAAGCAUGCAUGGACACCUUGCACCGAUCCACUGAGGGCUUGAGGGUUUUACUGACGACACGUUAUGUCUUCCUGAUUUGGAUUUGCAGCUCGGGACACCUAGCAAUACGGACUCUCCUCGAACUCCAAGGGAGCGUGCUGGUGAGUUACGUCUACCAGUAUCCUCCGGACGAUGGCUUCAAUUUGAGAGGCCCCAAUCCGAAGCGGGUCGCUGACGACAGAACACGGCUUAUCAGUAUUUACUCGUUUCUCAAUUCUUUCCUAAUGAAGAUAAACACAAGUACAGAUGAGAAGCUCGUCCUUGACCGCAAGCCCACUGCAUAUGCAUCUGAUUUGAGUAGUACAAGUUUUCUCUAAAGACUCAUUUUGUCUUGUAAAGGAAAAUUCUAGUUCUAGACCAGCUUGCAUCUUACUUAUCUUUGUUCUGCUAUGUUGCUUCUCCAGGUGCUAUGCUCUUGUUGAAUGGUGUGUUGUCCGCAGCAGUUUCGCUUUUUGGCACAUCUGAACUCGUGCGUAGCUACGGCCUUGGGCGCGUCCUUCGCGCGAACCCCAUCUGCUGUUUCAUCAUGAUGGGCGUAUUCUGCUGCGCUGCUCUUGGCGGCGAGCGGCAGGGAUACCUAACCGUUAAUGACGGCUCCUACGUACUGACGCGUCCACAAGUAUCCUGGAAUGACGACGCAACAAUGGGCGACGCAGUGGCAAUUCGGAACUCUAAACACCAAGGUGCUGCGGCUGCGUUAGGAGCCAACAUUGGGGUGGACGAGCUCUCAGCAGACGGCAUUCUGCAUGUACAGGCGUGCACGACACAUGUGAGUGAUUUACGACAGGUUCUGCAAGGUCGCAAUCUGGUUGUUGCGUUUUCAUGGCGGGGCACCUCGACCGGUGCUACCGAUGACCCUUCGGCUGGAUCUGCAACGCGGAGUGGCCCAAAUGAUGAAGAGCAAUCUUUUGAGCGUGUAUUUCAGUUACGUGAAGUGCAGUGCAGCGGAGGUGGGCGAGAAGUCGCGGAGGCACUUGCGCGUAUCCAGAUGCUUUACCCGCGGAGCAGUGGCGACCUCUCGGCGAAAUUUCAAGCGUUGUCUAACCGCAACGCCGAUUUCUGGGACCGUUUGCGCCAGCUAGAAGCACUGAUGCGGGCGCAAGGAAUCGUGGACAAUGCAGAAAACGCUGAAAGGCGGAAGGCACUCGCAGGUGAUGUUUCGCACGAGCUACAUCUGAAAACACCGGAAGUGCUUGACACAAUUGAAAUGCCCUACGCUGCAAGAGAGAUGCUGAGCCGAUGCCGGUCCGCAUGUGCAUCUCGAUUUCCAGCCUGUAACUAUGUUUCACUGAGUAGCCCUGGUGUGAGACUCUGUGAGCUUUUCCAUCUGCCUGACAGCGGUGACGACGGAAACUCAGAGGACGCCGCAUUAAGUUCAAAUCCGCAAAUGGACGAAACAAGCGCCACUGGAGGCUCUCAAGAAGCCCAGUUGCGUGCCGCUUUCUGGCAGCUUUUAACUGAGUGGGAUGCAUGUGAAGCGAUGAAACGAGAGAACUUUCUUUCCCCGAACAACCCCAUGCGAGACGUCGAGAGUUUUCUCGAAGCAUCUUCUUCCCCUAGGAGUACUAGCACCGCUUUCGGUCCUCGAGAGACGACCAGUUUGACUUCAGUAACUAGUUAUACGGAACAAGAACUCGAACGAGAUCAAGACGCGCAGACGCAAAUGAGUCAUUUAGAACGGCCGGGUUCCUCGUCUUCACGCUUUUUUGCAAUGAAGCCCAAGUGCGGAUUUUUGGAGAUGGUUCUGGACGCGGAAAGCGCUGGCGCUGCUGCUGUUGUCCUCGUAAAUCCAGGGAAGAGACGGCGGGUCGAACGACUACGCGGAGACGUAAACGCAGUAACGCCAACAAACGCACCAGAAAAUCGGCAGAGAGUACCACAGAUUCUCACGCUAUUCGUUUCCGAGCGCGAUUACAAUAACAACUUUCGAAGUCAUGAGAUUGAUGUCGAUGCUGGCGUACGGCGCCGCCUUACUGAUCGAAGUCGAAAGUUUCUCAGCGAUCAUGACUCCCGUUCUGAUGUCUUGACCUACGGUUCUCAUGCACACUCUGAGGCGACAGCAUCGCUUAGUGCAGCGUCGUUUUCUUUCCUACAGUUUGGGCAGGAACGAGAUCGCACAGAGUAUGAUGCAGCAGCACGGGAGUUAGUAGAUAAGAAGCCCAGCAGGCACGAGCGGGACAGAGAGGACCGCGAAUUUCACCAUGACACUUUUAUUGAGCAAGACGGCGUUUCGCCGAUGACACCAUUUGGCUCGAGCAGUACUCGGAUUCACAUCCACCGGACGCGCGGUACCGCUGGCGGAUCCAGUAUGUUUUCACAUCUGGCGUUGUUUUUGCUCGUCAGCAUUUGUAGCAUACUAACGAACGUGGUGGUUUUUGCAAUUAACAACCCUAUGGUGGAGGUUUUGUAUCUUCAGACAUCCCGCGUUGCAAAGGUGAAAGCGAAGAGCUGGAUCAGCGCCUUUGGCAGCAACUUGAUUCGAGCCUUGGCAAACCGUGUUAACAGUGCCGCGAACACACCACUCUUCGAUCCCAUUGCGUCCCUCUUCUUUUCCUCUGUGUGGUUUGCCGCGUGGUUUGGGACGGUCUUGGAGAUCGGAGGUAUGCAUCGACAGUUGGUAGAGAGCGGAACCAUCGCGGGAGAUGAAAAAUCUGAGGCCGCCUCAGCGAAACAUCGGACGAAAGGUCGUGGUAUCCGUGACGUUUUUGGAACUCGGAUUGUGGAUAGUGCUGGCACCGCGGCAGAUGGAAGUAGAGGUCUCGGCGAUGCUUUUGGUAGACCUGAACCCCAGGAUUACCACUCCAAAUUCUCCCCAGCAAAGCACAAUAAAUCUUCUCAUUUCUAAGUUAUUUGAUAAACUCAAGGUAAGUGGACCCCGCAUUUCUCUCUGCAGUGAGUAGGUCUUCUUCUUCCUGCUCAAAGUUGGUGCAGGAUGUGCAGCUGUCAUAACACCUAGUGAGCCAUGGCAUAAACAUGAUUCCAGGCCAUGGAAUUGCAGCAUAAAUUAUCGCUAUGCCGCAAAUGCGAUUCUCCUGCACUUGCGGAGUCAUACUUUACUCUUACUUAUUGACAACGGUGAUCGUGAUCACCAUCUUACUACAUAAAGGUUGAGUUUUGUUGGAGCACCAUUUCUAACGAGACAAAUUCAAAUAUUGCGACCAUUUAAAGAUUCGGGCACAUAUUACUGUUGCAGUUGUUGCGAAGCAAUUAGCUCUAGUAUGUUUUCGAAUACGCGUAAAUUUGUGAGACGAAACAAACUGUCCGUUGUCUGUGAAGCCGUUCGGUGCCGAAAAAAAUGACAUAUCGAUCACGCUUACCAGCUUGUCCCCCUACAACUUCUAAUUUCUCUGUUUUUCUGCCAAAGAGCCAUUACAAAUGUCAUUACCAGAACUACAUGUAACUACAUACAACAGUUUAUUUUAUUUCAAAAACGCAUUGAGAUUUCCCGUUUCGCCGUACCCAUUCCCUCUCCCUUUGCUCUACUUUCCUCUACACCCCUUGUUUCGCGAACGAGAGAUCAAAGAAACAGGCGGUCUCACAAUAAGGCCCACUUCCUCAUGCAAGAAUGAUUUGAACUUAGCUCCUCCUGACAUACUCUUUGCCCACAGACACACAAUAGUCAAUAAUGUUAAUGAGGAGGUUUUCAAC